CAGGUGAAUCAGUUGACAGGUGCACCUGCCGUGGACUAGCAGCACACUACAUUUGGAUAUCAGGAUAACAGCUGAAUUUCAUCACAGCAUAGAGAUAAACCCACCAGGAAUAGAUCAUCCAUAUGGGGACAAUAUGGCAGGUGGCAGCCACGGUGCUGCUGGCGGUGAUAUUAGCAUCCCAUCAUGCCAUGGUUCAAGGCCAAAGUACCACAAUGGCGUCCGGCUUCACAUCCGACAUGGUUUCAGCCUUCACGGCAACCCCCGAUCCAGACAACACAACUGACACCACUUCACCGGAGGUCACAGACACUACAGACAACGGCACCACUGACAGCAUGCAAACACACACCCCUGCACCUGAGGUCACAGACACUACAGACAACGGCACCACUGACAGCAUGCAAACACACACCCCUGCACCUGAGGUCACAGACACUACAGACAACGGCACCACUGACAGCAUGCAAACACACACCCCUGCACCGGAGGUCACAGACACUACAGACAACGGCACCACUGACAGCAUGCAAACACACACCCCUGCACUUGAGGUCACAGACACUACAGACAACGGCACCACUGACAGCAUGCAAACACACACCCCUGCACCGGAGGUCACAGACACUACAGACAACAGCACCACUGACAGCAUGCAAACACACACCCCUGCACUUGAGGUCACAGACACUACAGACAACGGCACCACUGACAGUAUGCAAACACACUCCCCUACACCGGACGUCACAGACAUCACAGACAAUGGAAUGACUGAAGGCGUGCCAACACACUCCACUACACUGACACUGACAGACUUCACGGACACUUCAGACAACGGAACGACUGAUGGUGUGACACACAUGACCCCAUCCAGCCCCACUGCUGGUGACGAGUCCCCUGCAACACAGGAGUCCACGGUGGGAACGACAGGUAGCGAGCCAACCAUUGGUGUGGCCGAGUCUCAGCCUACCGGUGGCUCGACUCCCGUUCCCCCGACCGAACACACCGGCGGUUCAACUCCACCUCCAGCCACCGCUAAUACUGGUGGAUCAAGUCCAGCACCAGAGGCUCAGCCUACCGGUGGCUCGACUGCAGUACCCCCGACCGAACAUACCGGCGGUUCAACCCCACCUCCAGCCACCGCUAAUACUGGUGGAUCAAGUCCAGCACCAGGUACCGCCCAUACAAGCGGGUCAAGCCCACCAGCCCCAACUGGUGCUACUCCCCCACCCCACUCCACCACAACUGGCCAGACUGUUGCCCCAGCGACGCCCGCAGCGACGCCCGCAGCGACGCCCGCAGCGACGCCCGCAGCGACGCCUGACCCAACAGUAGCAACCACACCGACGCCGACGACCACAGCCCCAACCACAACUCCUACCACCACCCGAGCUACCACCACGCCAUCGCCACGUCGCCCGCCUGUCAUUGCUCUGGUGGCUGCCUUCACGAUAGUCUUCACAGAGGAGCUCAACAACCCGGAGAGCACAGCGUUCCAGGAACAAGCGACGGAGAUCGAGACAGGGCUCGAUUUGGUCUACAGUGCACAAUUUGGACCCCGCUUUAAACGGACCAGAGUGACAGGAUUCAGCCAAGCUGAUAGCUCUAGCAAGAGGCGUAAGCGAGCGGCGUCGAGUGUCAAUGCAGACUUUGACCUUGAGUUUGACGAGACUUCACCUGAACCCCUUCCUCAAGCCACAGAGGUUUCCGAGACCCUGGUCAGGGCCAUCGAGAACCCACCUCCAGGCUUCAACGUAACGGUGGAUAAGGACUCAGUUACAGUAACAAGUGCACCCAAGUCAGCAAGCAUUGUUGAGUUCACCACCAAUGAAGAAUUUACUGAGGAUCUUCUGAAUUCAUCCUCUGUGGCUUUCCAAACAAAAGCUGCAGCCUUCAAGUCACAGCUCGAGAAUUUCUUCGUGAUCGACUUCAAUUCAACAGGUUUCAUCAGUCUCACACUCAUAGGUUUAAGUGAUGGUAAUGGAUCGCUAAUCUACAAUAGCAGUAUGACCGUCACGGACAAUGGCACCUUCCCCAGUGACGCAGCCGUCAUUGACACCCUUAUAAGAGCGGAACGCUUUGGUCUAACAUUUACCAUCACCACCAUUAACGGCACAGAAGUACCACCCCCACCCACUACCACACAGGCCCCGACCACAGUAGCCACAACACAGCCAACGCCGACAGCUGGUAACACCACUACAGCUGCACCUGAUGCGAAUACCACCACCACCCCCGCUGGUCCACCAGCUAACACCACCACCCCCGCUGGUCCACCAGCUAACACCACCACCCCCGCUGGUCCACCAGCUAACACCACCACCCCCGCUGGACCACCAGCUAACACCACCACCCCCGCUGGUCCACCAGCUAAUACCACCACCAUCUCCGCUGGCCCACCAGCUAACACCACCACCCCCGCUGGUCCACCAGCUAACACCACCACCCCCGCUGGACCACCAGCUAACACCACCACCCCUGAUGGACCUGCACCCAACACCACCACCACUGCUGCCCCAACAACUACCAUCACCCCUGCCCCAACAACCACCACGAUUGCUCCUACCACUACUGCGCUGCCACGGCGAUCGCCUGUGAUAGCCAUGCAGGCUGCGUUCACCUUAGUCUUCUCUACGGCGCUCUCCAACUCUUCAAGCCCGGAGUUCAAGGAGCAAGCAUCAGAGAUUGAGGAAGGGCUUGAUGUGGUCUAUAAAGCUCAAUUUGGAAGCCAGUUUCGCAAAACCACAGUGACGGCAUUCAGCCGAGCUAGCCGAGUGGCCAAACGAUCUUUGGCAAGAACAGACACUGUCAAUACAGACUUUGACAUUGAGUUCGACGAGACGUCAACGGAACCACUCCCUCAGGCCUCUGAGGUUGUAAGCACAUUGGUUAGGGCGGCGACAGAUCCUCCGGCAGGCUUCAACCUAACUGUGAAUGCUAGCUCUAUCGCAGUAACAAGUGCGCCCCAGUCAGCAGCCAUUCCUGAGUUCACCACCAGUGAAGAAUUUACUGCCGAUCUAGUGAAUUCAUCCUCUGUGGCUUUCCAAACAAAAGCUGCAGCCUUCAAGUCACAGCUCGAAUCUUUCUUCGUGACGGACUUCGAUUCAGCAGGUUUCAUCAGUCUCACUCUCACAGGCUUGAGAAAUGGAUCCCUAAUCUAUGAGAGUACCAUCACUGUGACUGCCAAUGGCACCCUACCCAGUGACACAGCCGUCAUUGCAACCCUGAAAAGAGCGAGAGAGUCUGGAAGUUUAUCGUUUACCAUCACUGCCAUUAAUGGCACAGUAUUAGCCACAACUACAACACAGGCACCCACUACAGCAACAGCAACAACCCAGGCACCGACAGCAGAUAAUACUACCACUGCUGCCCCAGCAGAUAACACCACAGCGGCUCCUACUGUUGCCACGACGGCAACGCCAGCACCUAACGUCACUGCCGGCCCCACAGCUAAUGGCACCGCGGCCCCCACCACUGCCGGCCCCACUGUUGCCACUGCGGCGCCCACUGCGGCACCCACCGCGGCACCCACUGCGGCACCCACCGCGGCGCCCACCGCGGCACCCACCGCGGCACCCACCGCGGCACCCACUGCGGCGCCCACUGCGGCGCCCACCGCGGCGCCCACUGCGGCGCCCACUGCGGCACCCACCGCGGCGCCCACUGCGGCACCCACUGCGGCGCCCACGAACGGCACUGCUGCCCCCGUUGAUAACACCAACGCAACAACAGUGACGACAACAACGACAACAACAACAACAACAGCAACCACAACCACUACCCCCACAACCACGGCUACUACCAUAACUACAACAGCACCAACAACAGCACCAACUACAGCACCAACUACGACCAGGCCGGCGAAUCGCCCUGCGCCCGUCGUCAUACUUCUUGUAGUCAUCGUCAUUCCGUUCCAGCCAGCUCUCUUAGACACAUCAAGUCAAGCGUUCCAGACGCAGGCUGUCGCCAUCCAAACUGGGUGUGACAUUGUGUACUUCAACCGAUAUGGAAACCUCUUUGUACGAUCCAUUGUCAGGGGAUUCAGGCUGUCAAGAAGUCGAACAGACAGUGUAGAGACAGACUUGGACCUUCAGUUCAAUGAGACGUCCCCCGAACCCAUCCCAGACUCCACAGAUGUUGUCCGAACCUUAACUGAAGGACUGGCAAAUCCACCUGCAGGCUUUGCUUUAAAUGUGACAGCUGUUACAGUCACAAGUGCCCCCAGGACAGAGGCCAUUGUCAAAUACGCCACCAAUGACACGUUUAAUUCCGACCUUUCCAAUUCCUCCUCCACCGCCUUCACUGAAAGAGCCGCGCUGGUCAAAACUGAGCUUGAACCCUUUUUCUUUGCCGUCCUGGAGCCAGAUUUCAUCAGCCUCAACCCAAUACGCUUCAGCGACAGCAAUGGAUGCACUGACCAUGAGUCCAGCAUCACAAUGACGGCAAAUGCCACCUUCCCCAACGACACAGUGAUCAUUGACAUUUUUAGGACAGCAGCAAACAGCAGCUCUGUAUCCUUCACAAUCAUCACCAUCAAUGGCACCGCUGUGUCAGGUGCCGAGAUCAGCAGUAGAGUCAACCUCCUGAGUGCGUGUGGACUCGUCCUGUUGUCCCUGGCUGCAGCUCGGCCCUGGUAGACCCAGAGGCCUGGUGUUACCUGCCUCACUUCACGUGACCUUUGACCUAGAACUCCAGGAUUCCAAGCCAAACUAGUUUCUCCCUUCCUUCCCUGUGGCUUGUGCCCGCUUUUCUCAUUGACGCCCCGCCUCUGUGGGCCUCUCCCUGCUGUCAACCAAGGCCGAGCAACUUUUGGGGGGCCUUUCCCCAUUCAACAUCCAGCUUGAAAAUGAGACAUUGAGCUCUUAAUUGGACAACACUUUGAUCAUUGAUGAUGUUGUGACUUGCAUCACAAGGCUAACAGGCGAUAGGAAAGGAUUUAGUUUGACAUGCACUCCCAGAGGUAUUGUAGCUGAGCCCCCUGUCCCCCUAACCUGGACCCCGUUCCUCAAAAGCAACUCAGCAUCUUACUUAUUAGAUUGCGAAUGGGAAAUCACAUUGCAACGAGCUAAGUUGUCAAUAUACGUAGUUAGCAACGGCGUUGUUAAGAAAUGCCCCCACCCCAGCCCCACCCCCACCCUCCACCCCACCCCACCUCUCACCCCACCUCUCACCCCACUGCUGGAAUCUCGUCCUGUCACUUUGUGUAAUACCCCUCCUCACACCAGGCACGGCUAUGAGGAAGAACACCCUAAUCUCCUCUAAUCUCUUCUUUUUCUUGGGUUGAAAGUCAUCCCCAGCCUAACUGGUUUCGCUUUGCCCGCAAGUAGGACUGCAUUCAAAAGCAGAAUGAGGACAGAGACAGAGAACAUAGGAUAGAGUGAAAGUCGAUGAUCACAUAUGCACUUAAAACGGGACUCGUUGCCUUUUCAGUUUCAGGGGACGUUACACGUAACUGAGUCAAAAUCAGGGAACGAAUGAAUGUCACGAAUGAAUGUCUUAAAAUGUGGGAGACGAGCAAAUGUUUGUACUCUGUUUUUGUUACUUACAAAUAACACGAUAUUAAUUUUAAUAUUGUUAUUGUUAUUUUUUUUAUAUAGAAUGUGUCUCAUUGAAGGAUACAUCCCAUAAGUAUAUCCCCUUUUAAUAUUUGCUGUUCAUUGAGUGUUUGAUUAUUUUACACAUGUGAGAGGACCGAGUAUGUGACUGUAGAGGUGUUUGUGUUUUAAAAUGUUUGGGCGCAAAUGUAUUCUUAUCAUGCUAACUUAUGACAAUUGCCUUUCAAUGUUCCAUUAUGUAUUAGCUUAUUUUCGUGAUAGCUACUGUUUACUGUACAUGUAAUGGCCCAUUUACCAUGUAUACAUAUCAAAUAAAUAAUUUUGAUUACCAU